UUUAUAUCGAGGCAGAGCCGUCCUGAUAAUCUUGGAGCGGUCGCGCAAGGUCUUAUAGUCGAAAAAUGGGGGCAUACAAUUACGAUCAUGCAACUACACACCAAGAAUCGCGGCCUGCAAACCACAGUUUUGGGAGAGACAGACCGAGACUUGAACAGGAGCAAUCGGCUCUGAGGAUGUAUUCAUAUUUGCCCUGGGAGCUUCGCCACCACAUACAUACUUUCUGUGUGCAAGGCUCUUACGACAACGAGGUUGUCGUCCGCCAUUCGACUGGGAGCAAGCUGGCCCUACUUGUGCGGCAGUCGAUCGGCACACAAUCAUACCAAUGGGCCGAGGACCCAAUUCUCCUGCAGUUAGGCCCAGAUCGGAUCGGAAUGAAUGCUGCCAGAGAGGUACUCGAUACGUACUACAGGACGCGUACCUUCAAGUUUGUUCACGAAGAGCUUGGGUUGCUACGAUCGUUCCUCGAGACUGACAGCUUUGGUCUCGCCAUACGUCCAGCCGACCACGUUCGCCGAUUGCACUUGCAAAUUCGGCCCUUCAAAUACACUCAAUUACGGGAACCCAAGUGGAAAGACGACGAAGAGACAAGAUGUCUCAAAGCUCUGGAGUCUCUUGCCGGUCUUCAAGUUCCAUGCACGACAGUUGAUAUUCACAUAGACUUGGCGCAGGAUUUUUCUGACGAUGAAGAGUACGAGGAGUUAUUAGAUCAUGCUGCGGGAUUUGUCUUCCGGGUCAUGAGACUCGUGGAUACAUUGAGAAUGAACGGACUAAAGUUAGAAUUGUCAUUCGAAGGGAGGUGGGAUGGCAGAGACGGAACAAAGUUGUGCAGCAGCUCUGUAUCCUCGAUCGAUGACUGUAUAACAAAAAUGAAAAUCGCUUGUCAAUAAGGCUUUUCUGAAGGGCUGACG